AUGAAGAUUCUUGAUCCUCAAGCAGCCGUCCUCACUAAUGUUGAGGUUCUGGCCUACCUCACGGAUAAUCCUCCCCGCCGUCCGCCCAGUCGCCCUCCCAAUGCGCGGCAAUGGGUUCCCAGCCCUGAUCUUCGAGAUCACAAUACUGUUGUUAAAGAGUUCCACAACUACGUCUCUCGCAUCUCCCCUCAUCUCCUGAAAUAUCCCCGCUCCACCGACCGACCCAGCUCCUCUCAAUCUCAAACCCAAGCAGCAAUGACACGGACUAUGCAUCCCGGCACAACAUCCACUGAACACGAGCCCACACCUCUUUCAAGACCCAACCCCACACUCUCCUCCCCCAACGACCCCACGCCUCUCGAUCGCGCACUGCGCGACCUCGUCCUUAAACUCCGUCCCUACGGCCUGACCAAAGCCGAGGUUCUUACCAUCGUCAACUUGGGCAUUGGCCUUUCCGCGGGUGAAUCCGAAGAUAUGGCCGGUGGAGAGACGAAUGGACAUGAUGAGAUGAUGCUCGAUGAGACUCCUGUGGUGGAGGAGGGUCAGGACGGUGGCGAGCAAGGAUAUGGAGAGGAGGGUGGCGAGGAGGCGGGCGGUGCUGGCGAGGCAGAUUAUGGUGCGUUGGCGCUGUUUGAUGCUGUCAUUGAGGAGCGCGAGGAGCGCAUUUCGGAUGAUGAUCUAGUUGCCAUUUUGGGGAUUAUUCGGGAAACCUUGAACGAAAAUUAUACGGGGUGA